UGUGUUUUGUCAGAUGACAGCUGAUGUUCUGUUUGGGAUUGGCAGGGUGAAACGAUAUUCAUUAUCGAUGAGUUGAGAUCUUGCCUGUGGCGAAUGGUUUAUCAAAGGAUGCUUGGCACUUAUUCGUUUUACUUGUACAAGUAAUUUCCAUUCGCUUUGGCAUGGAGCCCCUUGCAGUGGAUGACGACAUCUGCAUCCUAAAGCACGAGACGUAUGGCCCCAACGAGAGCCCAGUGUCCGUGUGUGCCGGGGACGAGUCGGUGGCGUCCCACUUCGCCCUGGUCACGGCGUACGAGGACAUCAAGAAGCGGCUGCGGGACGCGGAGCGAGAGAACACCCUGCUGAGGAAGAGGGUCAAGCAGCUGGAGGACAAGCUGUUUAGGCCAGAGGCUCCAUCGCCCGAGGGGCCCCAGUAUGUGAAUAAGGCCUUCAGUGCCUACCGGGGGAUUUACAUUGAGAAGGAGGACCUGCAGAUGGAGCUCAACAAACUGAAAAAGGAGAAGAGUGAGGGGGAGAGGCAUCUGAAUGACCAGCUGCAGGCCAGAGAGAUGGAGCUGCUACAGCUGAGGACGGAGCUGGAGACCAGCCAAGUGAUGAAGAGCCUGAAAACUGCCCCAGCAGGCCCCGACUACUGGGAGGUGGAUAAGGUCAACAGCGAGCUGAAGAUCCAGACCCUCCAAGCGGAGCUGGAGCGAUCUCAACAGGAGUACCGCCGGCUGCAGGAGAAACAGCAGAACAGUCCUGCCAGGACGGCCUGCGCUCGCGAUGGGACAGAAGAGGGCUCAUCUAACAACAGAGAAUCGUGCGUUAUGAAGUCAUAUGCUGACCUGUGCAACGAGAUGUCUCGCGUGCAUAUGAUGUUGAGGUCGCAGACGGAAUUGGUGAAGAAACUUAGCGAAAAUCCCAAACAAGCUGCUUCCACCGUGCCCGUGCAGUGUCUGGACGAUGUGGAGAAGACCCAGACGACGACGAUGGUGAGGGUGAGCGUUCCGCGACCCCCCAGUGCCCCUCCACUCCCCUCCACGGCCGGUCGCCCUUGCCCACCCUUCGGGCCCCCCCUCGCUGCUGCCGCCGCUGUUGCCGCCACCACCGUCGCUGCCAUGCCCCCCCACGCCCUGCCCGAGGGGCUCCGGGAGGACUGCUGGCAGAGGCCCUACCCCAUCCCCAGGCCCAACCCUCUGGGCAGCCCCGCCGUCACACUGCCCCCAACCCAGCGCUCCGGAUCCCUGGAGGACAGCUCCUGGUCCAUCCCCAGCCCCCCCAGGCCCAGCGACGCACUCUUCUGGGAGGCCAACAACAAGCCACCGCCUAAGAGCACCACCGCGGACUGCGGCAAGCCUUACUAAGCCUUUUACGUAUAGAGGGCCAGCGGAUGGACAACCUGAUUUCAGAAGUUACAGUCCAGUCCUUACAUAUUCCACAUUACCUGGUAUUAGCUGUCCAGUUAGGGCAAUCGCCUUGUGUUUCUCGACAUUAUAGUUGCUAACUAAGUUAGCAACUUGGUUGCCAUGCAAUUUCCCUUUGGGAACCAAGUAAGUUGCUAACUGGUCAGCAACUUUCGAGAAACAGGGUCCAAGGUAGGGCUGCUCGAUUAUCAGAAAAAUCUAUAUUAUUAUUUAUUUUAGCCAAUAUUGAUAUCACGAUUUUUUAGACGAUAUUUCUUUUAAAGACAAAUAAUUGUGCUAAACAAUUCACAAUCUUCCCUCCCUUUAGCAGUGUGACUGGAGGGCCAUAGAGAAACACACAGUGGUGUUGGGUAGCAAGUCUGCUCUGAGUUCGCAAUGGAUCAAGUGGAUGGGAAUGUAUUGUGCUUAACAUAACCUACCUUUUGGCAGUGUAGACGUAUGACAAAAAUAUUGUUUCAACUCGAUAUUAUGAAAUUUGAUAUCACAAUAUACAUUCGAUAUAUUGUACAGCCCCAGUCCAGGGUGACUUGGAAUAUCUGGCACUGAAUUGUGGCAUCUGAAUCGUUGGUUGCCCAUCACUGUAGGGGGCACACGGUACACAGGCAGUCCUCAGACGCCUAAGAGCACCAA